GCGCUUCCGCCGCCAUCCACCUCUCGACGAGGACCAACCCCCGAUAUUCAAAUGGACGACCUUCUCAACCUUGAGUUCUUGUCGCUUGUGAACAAAAUCGUGCAGGAGAUUGACAACCACACCGGUAUCAACGACAAGACACUUGCCGAAUUCAUCAUCUCCAUUCAUGACCAGUCCAACAAGAGCCUCCCCGCAUUCAAGGCAAAGCUCAAGGAGGCUGGUGCUGACUUCCCCGACUCUUUUGUCGAGAAUGUAGACCGACUCAUUCUCAGCAUGCAUCCGAAGCACAAGAAAAAGGCCAAGAAAAAUGGCAAAGCAAAAGCCGUGCCAGAGGGCGAGCUUUCUGAGCAGGAGAGGAAGAAGCGCAUUCUACCUGGUCUUUCAAUGAAAAAUACGGAGCCUGUUUCCGACGAUGUUUUCCUGAAGGAAUUGGGGGAUCUGGUCGCAGGAAAGAGGCAUAUGCCAGUCAGCGAAGAGAGGUCGCCGAAACGGCAACGGAUGCGGUCGCCAUCACCCAGACGUCGCAGUCCAAGUCCCCCUCGUUAUGGUCGGAACGGAGGACGACCUACUACAGAUGAUCGACCUGUGCUGUUCAAAAUCUACAAUGGGAGGGUGUCAGGUUUGAAGGAUUUCGGGGCAUUCGUCACACUGGAAGGAGUUGCUGGAAAGGCAGAAGGAAUGGUGCACGUUUCCAAUAUCCAGAUAGGCCGUGUCAACUCAGCUUCCGACCUACUCAGCCGUGGGCAGCCUGUCAAAGUCAAGGUCAUGAGUGUAGCCGGGAGUAGAAUUGGCCUUUCUAUGAAGGACGUCGACCAAGUGACAGGUCGCGACCUUUCUCCUCACCUUCGUAUUCAAUCAGAGGCUGAGAUGUUGGAGCAGCGAAAUCGGCCGUCGUUUGCGUCGUCUGGCGCCAAUGCCGUCCCACUCAGAGGAAGGGACACAUCCAUGGUCAACAAUGCUCCAGUCCGUUCUGCCAAACGCCUGACCUCACCAGAGCGCUGGGAGAUCAAACAACUCAUCUCGUCAGGCGCUUUGGAUGCUUCGGAAUAUCCUGACCUCGACGAAGAUUUCCACAACCCCGUGGCUCGUGCCGAGGUAGAGGAGGACCUGGACAUAGAAAUCCGAGAAGACGAGCCACCCUUCCUCGCUGGACAGACAAAACGAACUCUUGAAUUGAGUCCCGUAAAGAUUGUCAAGGCACCAGAUGGCUCCUUGAAUCGUGCGGCACUAAGUGGAGCAUCGCUUGCCAAGGAACGACGAGAGCUGAGGCAACAGGAAGCUAAUGACCAGGCUGAUUCGCAAACUCGCGACUUCGCACAACCGUGGUUGGACCCCAUGUCAUCAGACACCGACAAAGUCUUUGCACAGGAUAUGCGAGGAAACUUCAAAGGACAACAAGCCAGCGAGACGGGCAGGUGGAAAGAUGCCAAGGCUGUGUCUUUUGGUCAAGUUACGACUCUCAGUAUUCAAGACCAAAGAAAGAGUCUGCCCAUAUACAAACUUCGCGAUCCUCUACUUCAAGCUAUCGCGGAACAUCAAGUGCUGAUUGUCAUUGGAGAUACUGGUUCUGGUAAAACAACGCAAAUGGUCCAAUAUCUCGCGGAGGCUGGCUAUGCGGAAAAGGGUCGUAUUGGUUGCACACAACCACGUCGCGUUGCUGCGAUGUCUGUUGCCAAACGUGUCUCUGAAGAGGUUGGGUGUCGGUUAGGUCAAGAGGUCGGCUAUACGAUUCGUUUCGAGGACUGCACAAGUCCAGAAACACGGAUUAAAUACAUGACCGACGGUAUGCUUCAGCGGGAGUGUUUAAUCGACCCGCUAUGCAGCUCGUACUCUGUCAUCAUGCUUGACGAGGCGCAUGAACGGACAAUUGCCACCGAUGUUCUUUUUGGGUUACUUAAAAAGACUAUCAAACGCCGUCCAGACAUGAAACUCAUCGUGACUUCUGCGACACUGGAUGCCGAAAAGUUCUCUAAAUACUUCUUUGGAUGUCCCAUUUUCACCAUUCCCGGUCGCACAUUCCCCGUUGAAAUCUUGUACACCAAGGACCCAGAAACCGACUAUCUCGACGCUUCUCUAAUCACAGUGAUGCAAAUUCAUCUUUCCGAACCGCCUGGAGACGUUCUUUUAUUCCUGACGGGACAAGAAGAGAUCGACACAGCUUGUGAAAUCUUAUUCGAGCGAAUGAAGGCGCUGGGACCAAAAGUACCGGAGCUCAUCAUCCUUCCUAUCUACUCCGCCCUCCCCUCCGAAGUCCAAUCACGGGUGUUCGAACCUACUCCACCUGGCGCUCGUAAAGUCGUCAUCGCCACCAAUGUCGCAGAGACUAGUUUGACUAUUCCUGGAAUCUACUACGUCGUAGACCCUGGCUUCGUCAAGCAGAGCGCAUACGACCCAAAGUUGGGCAUGGACUCGCUGGUGGUCAUGCCCAUAUCUCAAGCUCAAGCUCGUCAACGGGCCGGGCGUGCCGGACGGACCGGUCCUGGUAAAUGCUACCGGUUGUACACCGAGGCUGCCUACCGAAACGAGAUGCUUCCCAACUCCAUCCCCGAAAUACAGCGGACCAACUUGUCGUCCACCAUCCUGCAAUUGAAGGCCAUGGGCAUUAACGACCUGCUCAGUUUCGACUUCAUGGACCCGCCACCGCCAGAGACAAUGUUGACGGCGCUCGAAGCGCUGUAUGCUUUGUCCGCGCUGGAUGACGAGGGUUUACUCACGCGCCUGGGUCGCAAAAUGGCAGACUUCCCUAUGGACCCAUCUCAAGCGAAGAUGUUGAUCGCAUCAGUCGACCUCGGGUGUUCCGAAGAGAUCCUUUCGAUUGUAGCCAUGCUGUCAGUGCAAACAGUGUUCUAUCGGCCCAAAGAGAAGCAGGGACAAGCGGACCAGAAGAAGGCCAAGUUCCAUCAGCCAGAGGGCGAUCACCUGACGCUGCUGACUGUCUACAACGGCUGGAAGGCCGCAAACUUCUCCAAUCCGUGGUGCUACGAGAAUUUUAUCCAGGCGCGGAGUAUGCGGCGCGCGCAAGACGUACGGAAGCAACUGCUCGGUAUUAUGGACCGGUACAAGCACGAAAUUCUCUCUGCUGGACGCGACUACAACAUUAUUCGGCGGGCAAUCUGCUCUGGCUUCUUCCGCAACGCAGCGAAAAAAGACCCUCAAGAAGGAUACAAGACUCUUGUGGAGGGCACUCCAGUCUAUAUCCACCCGUCGUCCGCCUUAUUUAAUCGGAACCCGGAGUGGGUGGUGUACCACGAACUCGUAUUGACGACACGUGAGUACUGCCACAACGUGACCGCUAUCGAGCCGAAGUGGCUCGUUGAGGUCGCGCCCCAGUUCUUCAAGGUUGCGGAUGCCAAUAAGAUCAGCAAGCGGAAGAAACAGGAGAAGAUCGAGCCGCUGUACAACAAAUAUGAGAAGCCGGACGAGUGGCGGCUGUCCAAGGCCAGGAGUAGUGCGAGGUCGAGUCAAACGUUUGGAUAG